AUGUCUCUCUACGCGGCGGACCUCCCCGCCCCCGUCCCAGGCGCAGCAUACAUCGCAAAGCUCCACAAGUUCCUCACCGCAAACGCCCCCCGCCUCGCACCCAGGGCCCCACCCACAGCCACCGCCCCAUCCCUCUGGCAGCAGGGAUACACCCUCCUGACUCUCGGCCUCGACCCGUCCUCGGCUCCCCUGGCUGCCAAACCCACACUGGGACUCGGAAAUGGCAGAUCAGGACAGGCAGGAAGAACGCCCAAACCACUGCUACUGCGGUUGCCCCCAGACCGCCUUCUAUAUCUCCUGCUAAGGUGGCAAUCCCUCCCUCAGUCGCUGCCUCAUGUCGGCAGGACAGACACCCCAAUAGAAGAAGGGGUGGUCAUCGCCGCACGGGGAGAGAUGGGGUCUUCCGGUAGGAGGGCCGAGGGAGACGUGCGCAGUGUAAGGAGCUGGGUCGGAAGCAUGAGGAGUGUCAGCGGAAGCCUGGCGAACGUAGGGGGGCGAGACGGUGGAUGGUUUGGAAGAAAGAAAGUGAUCAGUGAGGACGAAUUACUGCUCGCACUCUAUUCAAUGUUCACUCUGAUACCGGCCCUGCUAAUCCACCCCCCAAACUCGCACGAGGCCCCGAUAGCAGAGCUCGUUGAAGUUGGUGGGUAUACUCCCCUGGGAGGAAUAGACGUCAGGGUCCCGCUGGAUGUUUUGCGGAAUCUCCAAAUUCUGGAACUGGAAUCUUACGACCCCAGAGCACUACAGAUACCGUCAAACUUGGGGCUACGCAGCCUCACUGUCAGGGAUGUUCAAGACGGAGACGACUGGAUAGCAGAUCUCCUUGUAUCUGGGGACGGAGAAUCACAGGCCAAAUUCCCCAACCUGCGCCAUCUGUCCCUCAUACAGACGUCACUCCUGGCAUUUCCUCCCCUCCCACUCGACUCUUUGACCCACCUCGAUCUUUCCCACAACCUCUUGGACUCGGUUCCAGCAUCCCUGGCAGCACUCAGCAAUCUGAGAUCGCUCAAUCUCUCCCACAACUACAUUACAUCUCUUCGCGGCGCCUCCAGCUGCCUGGGCAACGUCACUUCCCUGAACCUGUCCAGCAAUCGCAUAGACUGCCUUGUUGGACUGGAUCGCAUAUUGGGCCUCGAGCGCGUGGAUAUCCGGGACAAUGAGAUCCACGAUGCUCUCGAGCUUUCCCGACUUGCGGCUCUGCCCUACCUGCGCGAGGUGCACUGUUCUCCCAACCCGUUUACCGAGAGUCCAGAUCCCGCCAUAUUAUCCGAGGGGCUCGAGACGUGGCGAGUCGAUCUGGGCAGACGCUUCCGAGAAGAGGGACGAGAUGCUAUAAUGUUUGAUGGGACACCCUGGAGCUGGAGUGAAGAGAGAAGGAUCGAAGCAAGCGUCUUGAAGCGCUCGGGGUCUGCCGAGGCUCGAGGUGCUGCUGUUCAUGGAAGAGGUCUCUCCGACAGCCACGUCCCUCACAAUGCAGAGCCGACGUCUGAGCCUCGCAAAGGUCACGGCCGUGCAGCCACGCAUGAUCAAACCAUCUCUCGCCAAAAGUCAAAGGUCAUCAGGAACAGGGCUUCUGUCUCUUUCUCUCCUACUGGCGAAGGCUCUCGUUCACCCGAACCUGGCCCAUCGCGUCAAAGGUCUCCUCAACCACCACCUUCUGCCUUCCAUAGUCACGCCUCCCAUCUCCGCGAGUCCAGUACGGCCUCCGAGUCGCCGAGCGCGAAGAGUGGCAAGGGCAAGAAGAAGGGGAAGAGAAGGGUUAUCGAUCUCGAUGGGAAGCAUAAGGCGGACGAGGAUAACGGGAUGGGAGUCGGGAGCGAGCUCAAGGAUGAACUAGUCGCGGUCAAUGAAGCCGGGCAACAGAAUGGAAAGGUUGAGGAAGUGAACCUGGCUGGGGAGAAGGCGCCCAAGCCGGUCGAAGAUGUGGCGGUCAAGGUGGUCAGAAAGAAGAAGAGUAGAAAGCCCAAAGAGACUUAA